CUCUGUCUUCCUGCUGUCCUUCCUUGCUGGUGACAGGCUCUUUCCAUCCAGCUGCUGGGCAGAAGCAGAGUCCUUCAGGCCAGAAUAGCUCCUUGUACUCCCCUUUGCUACUCGCUUCUCUGUGGGAGAGUGAAUAGGCUCCAGAGAUGGAUCUGUCCUACAGAUCCACCAUCUCCAUCUAUAAGAGCAUCCUGGAGCAGUUCAACCCUGCGCUGGAGAACCUGGUGUACCUGGGCAACAACUACCUGCGUGCCUUCCACGCACUAUCCAAAGCAGCUGAAGUGUAUUUUAAGGCAAUUGAGAAGAUUGGGGAGCAGGCACUGCAGAGUUCCACCUCACACAUGCUGGGUGAAAUUCUGAUGCAGAUGUCUGACGCGCAGAGACUGCUGAGCUCUGAUUUGGAAGUUGUGGCUCAGACCUUCCACGUGGACCUGCUGCAGCACAUGGAGAAGAACAGCAAAAUGGAUGUGCAGUUUAUCAGUGAGAGCCAGAAGCAGUAUGAGCUGGAGUACCAGCGAAGAGCCACCAACCUGGAUAAGUGCAUGGCAGAGCUGUGGAGAAUGGAGAGGGCUCGUGACAAAAACGCCCGGGAGAUGAAGGAGAACGUGAUGCGGCUGCGCUCGGAGAUGCAGGCGUUCGUCUCGGAGAGCCAGAGGGAGGCUGAGCUGGAGGAGAAGCGCCGCUACCGCUUCCUGGCUGAGAAGCACCAGAUGCUCUACAACACCCUCCUCCAGUUUUACAGCAGGGCUCGGGGCAUGAUCCAGAGCAAGGCACCACGGUGGAAGGAGCAGCUGGAAGCCAGCCGUAACCCCUCCAACAGCCACUCACAGGGGCUGCUCUCUGCCUCCCACGGCCAGGGAUAUCCCUCAGGACGCCUCACUCCCACCCACCUCGAGAUGCCCCAGAGACCCCUUGGGGAAUUUGCUUCCUCUGUGACUGGGAGUAGAUCCAGCAUCUUCUCUCCAGACCCUCCAGAAAUGAGAAUGUCUCCUCAGCCAGAGUCUCCCCGGCGGCCACUGCGGAGGACACCAUCAGCAGCCAGUUUGCUCGCUCCGGGCCGUGCGUCCCGCUCGGGUUCCUUUGGCGAGGCCAGCAGCAGCGGCGAGGGCAGGAAGAGGAGUGGCACGUCCAGGGUUCAGGCCAUUGUGCCCCACACGACGGGUGCCAACCGGACCCUGCUGCGCUUUGAGCCCGGGGAUGUCAUCACGGUGCUGAUGCCCGAGGCACAGAACGGCUGGCUCUAUGGCAAGCUGGAGGGCUCAUCCACGUGUGGCUGGUUCCCUGAAGCUUAUGUCAAGCCUUUGGAGAAUACGAGGGAGAUGGAGGAGCCAGACACCAGGUCCUUCCCGCUACGCAGCAGUCACAGCAUGGAUGACAUCCUGGACCGCCCCAGCACGCCGUCCUCCAGCACUUACUGGCCUGCUGCUGCCCAGCCCAGCCUGCCCAACCCACCUCCCCUCCCCGUGGGGGCCAGCGCUCACCAGAGUGGAGUGGUCCCCCCGGUCAGUUCUGGCUCCAAGAAAUCAGGAAUAUUUGACCAGCCCCCUGAGCUCUUCCCACGAGGUACCAACCCCUUUGCCACAGUCAAGCUGCGCCCCACAGUCACCAACGACCGCUCGGCACCCAUCAUCCGGUGAAGCAGGGCUGUGGGCAGAGGACAAUUUCAGCACAGAAGGAGGAGGACAAGUGAUAGUGCUGUGACCUCCAGCUGGGCAGCAACCUAGUGCUACCACUCAAGGAGUGAACUCUCUUUUCCCCUCCCGUACCUCUGGGACAAUGGGACCCGUCU